CAGUUGAAAACAAAAACAUCUUCUCCUCUUCACAUAUUUCAAUUCUAAUCCUCUAUAUAUACAAAUCCAAUAAAUAAAAAACCGCAAAAAAAAAAAAAUCCAGAGAAUUCUGAACAAGAAAAAUAUCGAAAAAAUUGGAACCAUGUCGCGUAUUAACUCAUCGUCAAUAGCAUUGGCAGAGGCCAUUAGUGGGUACUGUGCAUUGUUCUUGGCAUUAAUGCUGGUUUUAAGCUGCUGCGAGUCGAGCGAUGGAGAAUAUUAUACACUGCCGCAGAUGAAUGAUCAUGUGGAGAGGCCAUGCGAUGAAAUUUAUGUUGUAAGAGAAGGGGAGACUUUGCACACCAUAAGUGAAAAGUGUGGUGAUCCUUAUAUUGUCGAGGAGAAUCCACAUAUUCAAGAUCCCGAUGAUGUUUUUCCAGGUUUGGUCAUCAAGAUUACUCCUUUUAAGGAUAGGCAGAGAUCUUAAUUUUCAAGAAUAAUAAGGUUGAGUAUUAAAUUUUCAUCUUGGGAUGUCCCAGGUUCUUUUGUCUAGCCCUGUGGUGUGGCAGACAUUCUUUUUCAUGUCAUUUCCAGUUCUUGUUGACAGAGAAAAAAAUGAUUUGUAGACUUUUUU